GCGACUUGGUCAUCAUGGAGUUCUUCAACGACAUGGUCAGAUAGUCGUUCCAGAUGGUCCAAAACACACUCGAGUUGGACCGUUUGGUCAGCGUGGUCAACCGUGGUCAACGCUGAUCAGCAACAGCAUCAUACCGAUGAUACUCGUCCACGACAAUCGUCGCCAUCUGCACACGUGCCCACUGCCGAACCACCAUCCGUAGCGAUUGUACAGCAAAGGCAACGCCAGCCGAUCAUCGAUCAUCAGCAGGAAGUGAUCGUCGGUGAAGUGGCGGCACAAGAUCGCGCACCAGAUUCCCAACACCAUCAUCAUCAACCACAACCAUCAAUUUCAGCCUCACCUUCAACCCAUUUCGCUCAUUCGACUGAUAUCGAACAGUCCGAUCACAGCCAAAGCUCUCAAAAUAUUAACAGUCGUUUAGUUACCCAUAAUCCUCCGCUUGAAAUUGAAUACACAAUUGCAACACGAAUAGCGCCCGAUUACGAUACUGAUGAGCGGUACCGUGAUCAACAGAAUCAACAGCAGCCACAUCAACAAACACAAAUUCAGCCAUCAGACACGGACACUCAAAUGAUACAUUCACAAGCACAAUCACAGUCAGUCGAUAACAGUGAUCCUGGCGAUCAACUAUACGAUGACGAGCACAUUCAUCCGUCUCAAACGACUGACGCAUAUUCGGAACUAUCGCAACCGGAACGACGGGGAGAGACACCUCCUUCGGAUUCAGAUUCUCAGAGUCCAUUAGUAGCUGAUCAUGACAGUGACACUGAUGGAGAUCAACAAUCAGAAGUCCGAAUAUUUGCCACAGUUUCAGUUGACAGUGAACGAGAUCAAUCUACACCGAGUCGGUCGUUCUCAGCCAACACGUGGUCACCACGCAAUAGACGUCCUAUAGAUCGGUUCGGCGGUCCUCCGGAACGCUUCGCAACCUCGUCGGCAGCAUUUCGCACAUCAUCAACGCCGACCUCAGCCGCAGCCUCAGCCUCAGCCUCAACUUCAACUCCAACUCAAACUUCAACCGACAUACCCACCAAACCGACAAANUCAAGUCAACCUCGCAGUAAUUUCGUUCCGCAACUAAUCAAAGAACCUCCACGACGAGCAUUUGACACUCGUCUCUUCUCGAUGAAACAAGACACCGUUGGACCACCAGGUUUUCAGCAAGCCGAGAGCGUUAGUCAACAGCGCACUGUCCAUUCCGUGCUACCGGCCCAAGUAGCAAAUCCUCCUGGUUCGAGACCAUCGAUUGUACCACAACAACAACAACAACAGCAACAGCAACAACACCAAAUACAGCGACCAAGAGAAUUCCAGAGCGAUGCACCACAACGGUCAAUGGGCACUGUAGUAAAUAACACGCAACAAAGAAUCAUUUUUGCGCAAACAGUUGUGAGACCACCUCCUGCAGGGGCAACAGCAACAAAUGCAGCAACCGCAGCAAUUACAGCAACANUACAACAGCAGCAAUUGCAGCAACAGCAACAAAUGCAGCAACCGCAGCAAUUACAGCAACAGCAAAUACAACAACAGCAACUACAGCAACAACAAAUACAACAACAACAACUACACCAACAACAGCUACAGCAGCAGCAACUACAGCAACAGCAACUACAGCAACAGCAACUACAGCAACAACAGCUACAGCAACAACAACUACAGCAACAACAACUACAGCAGCAACAAUUGCAGCAACAACAGCAAGUACAGCAACAACAGCAAGAACCACAGUGGGAGAGUGUGAGAAGUGACGAUCGUCGAUUCGAACCAUCGGGACGUCAACAGACGACGCCGGGAUUCGGAACCGGAACAGCGCCGGAAAAUCAGAAUUUUGGAAUUCGACUCUCUCAACGACCCGUCUCACCUCAACAACAAUUUCCACCAUCUUCUGAGAGGGAAUUCAUAUCUCCAUCUGACAGGCAACAGCCUGCUCAACAAACACAACCACAACAAUGGUCCAUUGAAACGCAGCGAUUCGGUAGUGUUUCGAGGCCAACUCAGCCGCCACUCACUAGUGUUCAACAUCCCCAGAGCCGGUGGACUCAUGCACAUGUUCAGCAACCCGCAGCACUGCAUCAAUCGCAACCUCAGCCUCUGCCUCAACCUCAGCCAUUACAAGCCUCGUCUCAGCAAGCUCUGCCAACUCAACAACCUUUUGAUGCACAUGCGCAAGAGCACAUUUCUUCACGGCGACCAGAGGAAUUCGUUUGGCGUCCUCAAGCAGAUUCUGCAAAUCGGAGAUCACGACCAAGCGAUUUCUUUCGUAAAAAUGGUUCCGAUCCAUACGAAUGCAUGGAUAUUCUUUGCUUGUGCCCUUAUAUGGGAGGUAAGUUCAUGGUGGUCAUUGAUUCAUUGCUGCAGUUCGAUAAUGUGAAGCCAUAG